GGCCAUGCUGUAAACCAGUGAAAUGGACUCAGUCGCGACCGAUGUACUCAGGCAUAGUAACCCGAUCAGUUCCUUCACUGCUCAAGCUGCUGAGAUAUCUUGGCCUGUCCGCCACGAAGUCGACCUUCAUCGCGUUGGUUACAUUCUGUACAGUUCUUUUACAUUACGAACUCUGGCAGCUACUACCACAACAUGGGUGCUCUCGAUCACAGCAACGACAUGUGGUUGCAGAUCCUGCUGGCUCUUACACUGGUUUCGGUCGUACUGACCUGGAUCCUUCAAUGCAGCAGUUCCGCUCAAAAGGUUCACCCACCAGGACCAACGCCAUGGCCAGUGAUUGGUAAUCUAUUCCUUUUUUUUCGCGCUCCUCUCCCCCACCGCAUGCUACACAACUUGGCGGAGAAGUAUGGAGACCUGAUGUAUUUGAGGUUGGGGUUCACGCCCUGUAUCGUGGUUUCUUCGCCUGCUCUAGCCGAUUACAUUCAUAAAAACCACGACACCGAGUUCUCCUCACGGCCGGACGGACUCAUCACCGGCAUUUUGAAUGGCGACAGUCAGAGUGUCUCCAUGGCAAAGCAUGGCGAUCUCUGGAAGACUUUGCGUUCGAUCUGCUGGCAGAUAUUACGUCCAGCUAACAUUGCAAGAUAUGAAACGCGGAGAAUGGAGGAGAUCAACAUCAUGCUGCAGAGUAUACAGAUCGCUGCAGAGGCAGGAGAGACAGUCGACCUGUCAUCCAUGUUGUAUAAGCUCUCGUCUAACAGCAUGACACAGAUGCUCAUUAACAGAAGAUAUUUCACUGCAGGAGGAAAUGAGGAGAACCUACGAGAAGCUGUCAUAUUCAAGAAGAUGAUAUCCGAGAGGCUAAAGAUUGCUAGUCAAUUUGCAAUUGGGGAUUAUAUCCCCUAUUUGAGAUUCAUUGACUAUCUCUUUCGUUACAAUGCAAAAGCUCAAGAGAUUCAGUCCAUGACGAUGCGCGUGUGCGAUGAAAUAAUGAAUCUCGAGGAGCGGAGGAGGCGCUUGACGAGAGAGGAGAACGGUGAUGCACAGGCCGUGAGGGAGGAGGACUUCGUGGAUGACUUACUGUCUAUUCAAGCUGAGUACACUGCCGACAACUCUAGAAAAAUAAAACUCACAGAUCACCAGAUCAAACUUUUGGUGCAGGACAUGCUAGUGGCUGGAACCGAAACAUCGGCAACGACUGUAGAUUGGGCAAUGGCGGAGCUGUUGUGCCACCCGAAAGUGCUGCAGCAGCUGCGAAGUGAGAUCGUCACAGUGGUGGGAUCCCGAAGCGCUGUCACAGAACAAGACACGAAACAGAUGCCGUAUCUGAACGCAGUUGUAAUGGAGACGCUGCGGCUGCACCCAGCAGCGCCGCUGAAUCUGCCCCGGGAAUCGAAAGGCGCGUGCCUGUUCCUGGGCCGGUACCAGCUGCCAGCGAAGACGCGGGUCAUCUUCAACACGCACAGCAUCCACCGCUCCCUCGAGGCCUAUGACAGCCCCAAUGCCUUCAAACCUGAGAGGUUUCUCGGUGUGCCGCAAGCAAACGUUAGCGGCAGUAGUUUCUUCCAGUUAUCGCCAUUUGGGUUUGGCAAGCGGGUGUGCCCGGGUCAGGCCUUAGGAACUAUCUCUGUUUGCGCGGCGUUGGCCAACCUGGUGCAUCGAUUUGCGUGGAGCUUACCAUGUGGACUGCCCCCUUCCCACCUAGACAUGAUUGAGAGUUUUGGACUCACUGCUCCUCGUCGGUGCCCACUAAUACUCCUCCCUACUCCAAGGCUUAAGGUUUAGUUCAUUCCAAGUUUCUGACGGCACGCAUUUAGAAAAAGAAAAAUAGGAAAAGUGAUAUAGUUUCUUCUGUACAGUUUUGGUAUCCGUUUUGUAUGGUUGGCACUUGAAAUGUGAAUAUGGGCUUCAAUCAGA